UUAUUAUAUCCGUAGAUAGUAACCUCGAUUAUUGCUUAAGCUCGAUUUUAUUUGUAUUUUAAAAAAGAAAUAAAAAUACAAAAAGAAAAGGAGUCUGAAACCAAAUGAUUGGCGUUUUAUAUAGACUAGUACACAUAAAGAAACACAGACAUAAAUAGGAGGUGGAGGAGAAGGGGUUGAUCCAUCACUUGAUAAGACCAAUUUCCAAGAAGAAGCUCCUUUUCCAAAUCUCUCUCAAAAGAAAAAAAUCCAAAACCUUCUUCUUCUUCUUCUUCUCUUUCCUUUCUCUCAAAGUAUUUUUCACCUAAUUAACUUAAUAUAUGCGACACCGCCCAUUUAAUUUCAAGAAUGAUGUUGAACCUCAUUAGUUUCCUCCGCCGGCGUCUCCGCCGUGCCCGGAAGGCGAGAAUCCCCGUCGACUACCGCGGCUCCGGUGAUGAGUCGACUGGCGGGUAUUCUUCGGCAGCCGCCAUUCACCCGAACCCGGAGAAAGCCAUCAGAGUGGCCAGCUUCAACGCUGCUAUGUUCUCCAUGGCUCCCGCCGUCCCCGGCAACAUGACUGAAUUUACGGGUUUGCCACUCCGGUCCAAGUCAACCGUUGACCGUCCCAGGAGCAUCCUCAAGCAGUCUCCUCUUCAUGGCCACAUGAACAAGAAGGCCUCCUCUGCUCCUCCUCCUCCUGCAAGACAACAGACGACCAGCUUUGCCAAAUCCAGGCUAAGGGUCUCCAUCAAUCUCCCCGACAACGAGAUUAGCCGCCAGCUCAGUUUCCGGGAGGAUCCUCCACCACAACACUCGCCGCUCAGGCCAGCUCUCUCUUUCUCCGGCGGCGGUCUCCGGAGCACGAGAACGGUCUUGGAUGUGCUGAGGGAACUAGACGCUGACGUGCUGGCUCUUCAGGACGUCAAGGCCGACGAGGCUGACCAAAUGCGACCGCUCUCCGAUCUGGCGGCGGCUCUCGGCAUGUCUUACGUCUUCGCCGAGAGCUGGGCUCCGGAGUACGGCAACGCCAUUCUCUCUAAGUGGCCCAUCAAAAGCUCCAACGUUCAGAAGAUUUUCGACCCCACUGAUUUCAGGAAUGUGCUGAAGGCGACCAUAGAAGUUCCGGGGAGCGGGGAAGUGGAGUUUCACUGCACUCAUCUGGAUCACUUGGACGAGAAUUGGAGAAUGAAGCAAGUCGAUGCAAUUAUCCAAUCCACCAACGUUCCACACAUACUCGCUGGCGCUCUUAAUUCCCUCGACGAAUCCGAUUACUCUCCCGAGCGAUGGACCGACAUCGUCAAGUAUUACGAAGAGAUGGGUAAGCCGAUACCAAAAGCACAAGUGAUGAGGUUCUUAAAGAGCAAAGAAUACACUGACGCUAAGGAUUUCGCUGGAGAAUGCGAAUCCGUCGUAGUGGUCGCCAAAGGCCAGAGUGUCCAAGGGACAUGCAAGUACGGGACACGCGUGGACUACAUACUGGCUUCCUCUGAUUCGCCGUACCAGUUCGUUCCGGGGUCCUAUUCGGUGUUAUCCUCUAAAGGAACAUCGGAUCAUCACAUUGUGAAGGUCGAUGUUGUAAAAGCCAGACCAAUAAACGUCGACGAGCAGCGACCAAGAAGACAGACGCAGCAGAGAGUUACAACGACUCUAUAUAAUAACUCGUCUCUCACAAAGGCCUCGUGGAGGACGCAUUACUACAAAGCGUGAACAAUCUUCAUACAUUAUUUAUUCGUACUAGUAGACAUAUAUGUAUAUUACCAACAACAAAAAAACAAUGUUACAGGGUUUUUGGGACUGUUAAUUUACACCAUUAAUUUGAGAUAUAUGUAUACAA